UCUAAUAUAGAACACCGGCCUCCCUGACUCUCGUACUCACCCUCUUCGUAGGCCAGCUCUGCGAGCCAAGAUGUCGAUGAAAAAGAAGACCACCAGCUACACGGUGGUGUCAUCGGGGACGGCCCCCCGAAACUUCAGCAGCCUGUCCUACGCCGGCUCCGGGCGCCAGGGCUACGGCGGCGGCGGCUACAGCGGCGGGGGCUCCUUCGGGGGCGCCAGCAGGGGCUCGGGGGCUUCUUUCAGGGCUGGCGGCGGGUACAUAUCCAGCUCCGCGGCCUAUGGAGGUGGCAUGGGGCUGGGGAUGGGGAUGGGGAUGGGGGCGGGGGGAGGAGCGGGUGCAGGCGCAGGCAUGGGUUUCGGUGCUGUUACACCCAUCACCGCUGUCACCAUAAACAAGAGCUUACUGGCCCCCCUCAAUCUGGAGAUUGACCCCUCCAUCCAAGUCGUCCGCACACAAGAGAAGGAGCAGAUCAAGACCCUCAACAACAGAUUUGCUUCCUUCAUCGAUAAGGUGCGCUACCUGGAGCAGCAGAACAAGAUGCUGGAAACCAAGUGGGGCCUCCUCCAGGGCCAGACCACCACCCGCUCCAACAUCGACGCCAUGUUCGAGGCCUACAUCACCAACCUGCGCAGGCAGCUGGACAGCCUGUCCAACGACAAGGGGAAGCUGGAGUCAGACCUCGACAACAUGCAGGGACUCGUAGAGGACUUCAAGAAUAAGUACGAAGAUGAGAUCAACAAGCGCACAGAAUGUGAAAAUGACUUUGUGGUCAUCAAAAAGGAUGUGGACGAGGCCUACAUGAUGAAGGUGGAGUUGGAGGCCAAGCUGGACGGCCUCUCGGACGAGCUCAACUUCCUGAGGAGCAUCUAUGAGGAGGAGCUGCGAGAGCUGCAGGCACAGGUGAAGGACACCUCUGUGGUGGUGGAGAUGGACAACAGCCGCAAGCUGGACAUGGACUCCAUCGUGGCGGAAGUGCGCUCCCAGUACGAGGACAUCGCCAACCGCAGCCGCGCCGAGGCAGAGUCCUGGUACAAGACCAAGUAUGAGGAGAUCCAGACUUCUGCUAGCAGAUAUGGGGAUGACCUGAAAUCCACAAAGGGAGAGAUUGCUGACCUGAACAGAGCGAUCGUGCGGAUCCAGUCCGAGAUUGAACUCGUCAAGGGACAGCGCGGCAACCUGGAAAAUCAGAUCGCCGAGGCGGAGGAGCGUGGGGAGAUGGCGGUGAGGGACGCCAAGCUCCGCAUCAAUGACCUGGAGGACGCCCUGUUCAGGGCUAAGCAGGACAUGGCCCGCCAGAUUAGAGAGUACCAGGACCUGCUGAACGUCAAGCUGGCCCUGGACAUCGAGAUCGCCACCUACAGGAAGCUGCUGGAAGGAGAGGAGGACAGGCUGGCCAGUGGCAUCAAGAGCAUCAGCGUCUCCAAACAGAGCUAUGCCCCAAAUUACAGCUCCUUUCCUUUGGAGAGCACCAGGACCAGCUACAGCACCUACAGCAGUGGCUACGGGGGAGGCAGUGGCUACGGGGGAGGCAGUAGCUACGGGGGAGGCUACGGGGGCGGCUACGGGGGAGGCAUUGGCAGUGGCAAUGUUAGCAUUAGCAGCGGGACUGGCGGCAAUGUUAGCAUUAGCAGCGGAACGGGCAGCGGUGUCAGCCUUAGCCGGGGAACGGGCGGCGGUGUCAGCCUUAGCCGGGGAAUUGGCGGAGGUGUCGACGGCGACGAUUACAAUUCUCUCACCCAGACCAAGAAGAGCAUUACCAUUAAAAUGAUCGAGACCAAGGACGGAGAGGUUGUGUCCGAGUCCUCGGAUGUCAUCGAGGAUGUCAUGGAGGACUCUGAGUGAGGACUAUUCUGUUCCCCUCAUAGUCAUGGUUAGAACAAAUCAAUUUUCACUCAUUCACAGAUUUACCAAAAGGCCCCACUGAUUAAUUGCGUCUGAAAAGCACUUAGCCAGUAAAAUAGCUAGCCGAAUGCAGUUACCGCUCUUUGUCUUUCUGACAAGCAAAAGUUUAAUGCUAGCUGCUGUAGUUUAGCUGAGUAUGCAGUUACUUCAAGGACAUUGCCAUACAAAUGAGCUUGCUAGCUCACAUCACCAUUUCAAAAAGAUAUCCAAUGCUAAAUAGCAUUUUUUAACAACUGAACAAAGUUAGUCAAACGGACAUAAUGCUGGAUAAAUACCACCAUCUUUAUCAGAAUAAUUCAUAUUAAGCUGUUAUACAUCCACGUACUGUAACCAUACAGUGUAGGCCUGCUACAGGUCAGAGUUUUCAACUGUAAUUAAUGUCUGAAUGUUAGUUUCACUGUCUGUACCUACUGCUACCUACAGACAGGGAAAAUGCAACCUCCCAUGUUUGUGUUUGAGUUCAGUUCAAGUUCUCUGCUUUUCACUCCAUUUGAUUUGUAAGAACACUUAAGAAUAAGAAAACAGGCUAUUCAGCACAUCUAUGCUACAGUAUUGCCUCACAGACUGUACACAAGUCAGUUCUAAAGCAAUGAUAUGGAUUGAAUCGUAUAACACAGGUGUGACACUGGAGGGUCUGCUGCUUUUCGACAUAUUCUCGGCAUAAGUUGUUAAUUCAAGUCAAUGAUUGGCUGAAGAAUCCAGACACCUUGUUCUCAAGGCUUUAACUGAUUGAAAGGAGACCACAAACCUCACAGACACUCUGGCCCCCUGUAUUUUAGUUUGACGCCCCUGCUGUGGAAGAUGCUGGAAGCCUUUCUGUGGCUGUUUCUUUUUGUCUGUGCAUGUAUGCUGCCAGUGUGAUCAAACCCAUAGACACGGUUUUUCUCAUCCUCAUUAUCACCAUUUACCAUUUCAUUAUCACAUGCUCUGUCAUUCUGUGUCCCCCAAACCGACCAAUAAAACAUUUCUCCUGUGAAAUCA